AUGCCACAAACAUUAAAUAAAAGAAUCGUUCUAGAAAACAAGUUGAUGCCAUGUGGAAAAGGCUCUGCUAGGAAUGCUUUGUGGAAGCUGGACUUUGAAACUCGGAGACGGGCUAUGAAAUUAAACGAGCAACAAGAGCAACGCCUAUCACUUUUGUGCAAAAUUCUGGAUCGCCAGAAAAACUACAACGAGGCAAAAGCAAAUCGUGCAAUGGAGGAAGUAGUUGAGAGGGGUGUAGAGUUAGAACAAGAGUGUAAAAUUCGGCGGUUAUUGGUAGAGAGAAAUCUAACGGACACUGAAACAAACAGAGCAGUUGUGGAAAGAUUAGCACGUCGACGUCAACAGCACAUACUGCCUCCCAUCAAAAACAAUAUUCCCGAAAACAAUGACGAUCACGUUUGGGUCAGUCGAAUGCCAGGAAAAACACGUAGUGAAGAACAUAAAAACAGAAAUGUGACUUUUGAUAUCAAUUCGAAAAGCAAAGAAACGCAAGGUUUUUCUCAAAGACUUUCUGCACCACCGGAGCAAGUGUUUGAAGUUUCCUUGGAAACUGGGGCCACUCAAAGGUGGCACGUACCAGUGCAAUCCCUCUUCUCUAGAUUUACAGCAAAUCUUCGAUCCUCUCAUUAUACAAAAUCUGUUCGAUCGGAGAAAAACAUAACUACCAAAAUCUGA